UUUUACACUCGGAAUCGGAUAUCCUCCGUCCUCUUCCUGCACUGUAUAGUAAAGACGUCAUCACAAAUUAAAAUAUAUAAUUAUCAACCAAAACCAUCUAAAAUACUAGCACCUAGCAGCAAUCCCCCUGCCAACUAGUACGAACUUUCCCUUUCACUAUAUCACUCUGCUUUUGCAACUAUAUCAAGACCAAGACGACGAGGUGUUUCACCUCGACCCAAAAUUUUCGAUAUUGUGUCUAGUAUCCCUGAGACGCUGCAAAGAAAAAGUACCUCUUAGUCUUACUACGUCAAAAGAAGUAUAUACAGCACUUCAAGUUUUGUCGUUACAUCAUACCUAAUUGUAACUGUAAUUAAUCUGGAUCGACUGUCAGCACUGUCACGACGCGCGAGCAGAAUUACGCCGGCGAUCUGCUCGAAAAUGGCGGCGCCGUCAAGUUCGCUAAGCGGCCCAGCUCGACCUGCGCGUCCUGCUCCUGUCCGGGGCAGAAGCCAGCGCUUAUUCGAACGUAAAAAUCGCCCGGCUGGCGCAGGUGGAGGUCCUCGCCGCGCCACACGGGGCAAGAAGAAAAAGAAGACAAACAAGGCUGGUGGUGCAGCGGGCUGUACACCUGCGGAGCAGGAAAAGAACAGGAACAACCGAGCCACCUCUUCCUCUAGCUCUACAAGCCGCGAUGGGAGCGCUAGCUCGAGCUCCUCCGGAAGCAGCAGGACCAAAACGAAAAACGAAGCGCCACGAUCUGUUCCUGUCGGAAACAUGCAUACGAGUCAUCAUGAGCACAACAAGCAUGAUGCCAAGAACACGGAAAUGAGGAAAAAAACCGACCAUUACGCCUCCUCGUCCUCGUCCUGUAAGGUGGCUGAAAAAGACGAGCGAAGCUUUUUUUUGGCCAUUCACGACGCCCUGAUCGCUGCAGCGAGGGAAAUAAAACUCUCGCAGUCCCCGGGACAACCAGAAGCUAGACCAGGGGCAAGCGAGCGGGAGCGCAUCGGAACCGGGCAUGAUGGGAUGUUUUCUUCUGAAAAUGAAAAUCCAAUUGUUCCUUGCCACCAGGACACUAAACUACAACAUCGACACAAGUCUACGCCGGCGAAGAUCAGCACGCAAAAACUCCGUCCCCAGCACGGUCAACGGCGGACAUCGACUUCCCGCCUGCAGACGGCCGCACUGAAGAAGUUGAUCUCCGGCGUUUUGCUGUGGCAAGCCGCAGACACGGUAAAACCGCCGCAAAACGCUGGCGCGAAACAGCGAGUGGAGGAGGACGACGCGGGCGCAGAAGGUGUCGCCGGUGAUGAAGAAGCAUCACCACCUCCCGUGCGGGGGAACAAAAAGCCCAAACCUUCGCGCUCGCGCCGCGCUGCGAGAGCCAGGAAGAACAAGAACGUGGACGCGGGAGUGGCUGCUGACGUGGCGAGACACAGUUGGCAUUUUCGCAAUCUCGGAGAGAAGCUGCAAAAACAGGAAAAAGAUCUCAAUGCUGGAUCUUCGCGCGACGCUUCUUCCGCCUUUGCCGAAAAGAAAGGGUCACGAAGUGGAAGUCGAAGUACAACGCGGAAGAAAAAGUCGCGCAAGGGUAAAAAGCGCAGCAGGAGCAGCUCCUCCAAGAACAGUCGAACUUCUUCGACAGAGGGCGAGUCAUCGUCUGCUCUGUCGCAAGAUGAAGACAAGAAAUCUUCGGGUGACGACGUGGCUUCGCGGCCCGACUUUCCCAGAAACGCGGACGCCGGUCGUGAGAACGACCUCGAAGAAGGACCGAAAGAUGGGACCCCCGCAGCCGAUUCUUUUGUGGAAAAGCCGGAAAACACGGCCAGUGACCUGCUUGGUGCACCAGCGGGUGAUGUUACUGCUUCUUCAAAAAAGGAGUCUUCGAGUUCGACAAAUAAGCGUGAGGACCGCAAGCGCAAGCGAAGGAGCAGAACAAGCUCGUCCUCCAAGUCCUCUAGAAGGCGUGCCGGAGCCUCGUCUUCAAAAACACCUCCAUCAUCACCGCCGGUGGAACAGAUGGCCUCGUCGUCUGCAGCAACACAAGCGGGGCCAGACCAGCCAGCUGAGCGUGGCCGUGACGUCGAGGACAAAAACGAGAAUCGUGCGCCGGGCGCUCCUGCCGCCACGCAGGUAAGUACCUUCUGGGUCUUAGUCUAGUCAUCACUUUCGAGGGCACGCAGUUUUCAGGGCAACGCCCGCGCAACCUCGUGAGGACCGGGCUGGGGUAUCCACCUCUCCUGUGGGCCCAUUUUAGUAAAAAGAAUUCAGGCAAGAAACAGCCGGAAUUUGUCGCAGACCGAUGCCCAAGCGGACGGUCAGCGAGAGCAGAGGGGGAGGCGCCUGACCUCCCACGACUGCCACGCGCGCGCAUGUUAAAGACGCGCAGCGCUAUGGCGAAGCUGAUGUUGAUGACGCCGGCCGCUAAUGCAGUUGCAGACGCGUCCUGGGCGACCGUGGCGCGGGUCGUACGACCCAAAUUUGGACAAAAGUCCACCGAGUUGCGCCAUCCUGUGUGCCGACCCAUAGGGAACUGGGGGGAAGGCUGCGAACGCGAAGUGGCCCUCGGGCAUCACACCAGCCGACCGUAUCCCACCUGCGUGGCACUUAGCUAGGGACUGCGUAAGCAACGCUGCAAAUUUACACUUCAGACGAUGAUUAGAGAUUCCUCGGAAUGGAAUGCUGCCUGUUUGGCGUGUUUGAUGCUUUCACAGUUUUGCGCCCAAUUCAAAGGUUAAAUAUUGGGGUUGGUUUUGAUGCUAAUUCACUCAAAUGAUCUAAAAUCGUGCGUGAUGAGUAGGUAGUGGCUCCUGCAAAUGAGACGAUGACGCUGAUACUGAGAAUCAAUAUUGAGGCUCGUCGCUUCUAAGCAUGUAUGUUUUCCAAUGUUGUGGUCAAAAUCUUCAAAAUAAAUCAAUGAAAGUAAGAACAAGAAGGAGGCUCGCUAGCGGAAAACUGUGCGCACGCCAUUUGUUCUGAAACUCGUCCAGGGAAACGGAAUAAAGCACCACUUCGUGCUCCUUCACCUCGUCGUGUUUCCCCUCCAGUAGGGCCGAGUCGAUUCUACUUACUAUGUCUCUUACAUUACCGUCGCUGCUCCGCAUUCACAUUCACUUUUCCAAAUUUAACACUACAGCCCGUCCCCGUCGAGCGUGGCCGCGACGUCGAGGACAAAAACGAGAAGGGAGCUUCGACGACAAACCGCGAGGACAAGAAGGCAGAUGAAAGCGUCUUGAUUCCCCCCGCUCGCGAUGAAGGCACCGAAGCCCCCGACCACGCGUCAACACCCAGCGGGAAAACGAAAAGCAAGGCAAAUAAGAAGAAAAAGCGGAAGAGCAGUAAAAAGCGCAGGAAGAGGAGCAGGAGCUCCUCUACAUCGAGCGCAGAUAAAAAUUCUGAAGCUGAACAAAAGGAAAAUGGAAAAUCCGCAACACCAAAGGCAGCCUCGGAGGACAACGAGCAGGACGAGCCCUACGCUUUUCUCCCCGACAAGGAAGAUGAAAACAAGCACGAGCAAUUAUCACAUGGAAAAAUCCCCCCUGCUUCCCAUAUCAAAAGAAAGUUUCUGAUCCUGCUGAAUUUGCGUACACAAAUCAGGUCUGUCAUGCAGUAGAGGACUGCAGGACCAACCCAUACCAAGAUGCCUCAGUAGAAGGGUUCUGACGCAGGCACGUAGCAUGGCAAAUCAAUGUGUACUCUGUAGGGCCCAUAGCAUCACAAACCGCCUUCAUAAUGCGGCGGAGUCUCCGGAUUGGCCUUCUUGCAAUACAGACACGAUUUGUGGCCACAAAUCAGCACCACAAAUUUCCAGAAAUGUGCCUUUUCGGUAUGGGGAGGCGGGAUUUUUCCUCUCAAAGUCAACAACCCUUGCCGCCGCCGGAAGAGCUGCAGCGGAUCAUGUCUUCCGCACGGCCGCCAGCAGACGAAAAUGGUGGAAUGUCGAGCAGGAUGAACAAUGCAACCACGGCGGAAGCAGGGGCAGCGGACGAAAAGAUCACCUCGUCUGCUCGUGCUCUCUCGGGGACGUCCCAAGAAAGAAAAAACGAACAAGAAACACCAGCUACAUCUUCGCAUGACCACUCGCAAGCGGAUCAUGAACGGCCGCAGAAUGCAAAUGCCGAAAAGGUCGUGGCAACCAGUACCAUCACGAAGACUACCACCAACAUGCUGCUGCCGGAACUACGUGGCGGUCGGCCUUCCACACCGUUUGCGGACGAAGAAAAUGGAAACCACGAUGAGGAGAAGCCCAAGGAAGCAGCUGAUGGCGCAUUAACUCUCCCGAAAUCGGAGCAGUCGUCCAGACUACAGCAGGAUGAAAGGCAAAAACCGAACGGAGUUGAAGAUGGGGGAGCAAAUGCAAAAGAUGAGCUUUUACUGCUAAGUGACCACCCAAAACAAGUCGACGAAGUGAUGAACAAGCAACAGCACGAAGAAGGAGCAGCAGAAGAGGAUGCUGCUGCUGAAGAGACGAAGCCUCAUUUUGAGAGCGAUGCUGCACUUUCCACUUCGGAGAAGAACCGGCCUACAGGAGAACUACCGGCUGCAGCUCUUGUCGAUCGUUCAUCUUCUCCUGCUGUGAAUCUAUCCGCAAAAAAGAAACCAUUCCCAUCCCAUUUGCCAUGCAAAACGUACAUAGAAUCGAAUUUAAAACUCUGUGUUUCUGAUGCAAAAAAAUAGAUGGGCAUUGUUUUUUUUUCUGUGGAUAGAACCACGAUGAAAGCGAUAUGGAUCUGACCGACGCGCUGACUGAGCACGACGAGGAGGCUCUGCGGUUUGAAGAAGACCAGCAGUAUCGAGUUGUAGACGAGCAACAAAAAUCCUCCACUUCUAAAAGCGAAGCCCUUGCAGACCUGCCGGAAGUUAAUGAAGAGAGCAAGGUCCCCGUGCUGGACGACAAGGUGAAAGGGCAAAUCAAGCAGGACGAAGAAGAAGAACUUCGUCGUUAUCAGCAGCUCCUCCCUGGAGAACCAUCCGGGUCGCCAAAGACAGAGAAGGACCACGGUCAUCAUGCUUCCGCCGGACCCAAACACGAUGAAGAUGCACUCACGGAUCGGGAUCCAUUGACGCAGACGCACGAAGCGGCGGCACAAGAUGCUGAUGCCGAUCCCGCAAAAAGAAAAGCUGACUUCGAUCUUCGUCUACUCAACACGAGCCAGAACAAGCAAAAAGAAGAUCGGGAGCGCGUUCUUGACAGACAUCCCAUGUUCUUGCCCACCAAGGAAAAGGAGAAGAGCCCUCCAGCGCCAGCGGGCCUCGAAACUGAUAGUAAUGUAAAACAAGAGAACGAUCCACCAGUCGUCUCGUCAGACAGCAUUGCCUCCUCCAGAGUGAAGAACUACAACAAGACGGAAGGGGAUAGCGUAUUUUCCGGCGCGGUGAACCCCCAACAUGUGGAGGACCAGAGCCGCCAGUCUUCGCCACGCAACAGCACGUUUGGGGGUUCGGUAGAAAACAACGAGACCAGCGGUCCGCCCGUGGAGAUGAUCGCGCAGCAAAAAAGGGGAGGAGCACACAGACGGGGUCCGCUGCCUAAUUCUGCUGCUGACUCGGCCCUUGGCGGAGAGAUAUCAUCGUUCGAGAAGGAGGACCACGACGGCCGGGCCCGGGCGGAACAAGAAAAAAAACAAAUACCAAAAAACAGCACUAACGAAGCAUUUUCAGUUGUUGUUCCUGUGAUAAAAGCCCGCACGCAAGAUGAUGCUGAAACAAGAAACGCUACACGCCUGGCGUUGAUCACAACCCCGGCGCCAGCGCCGCUCCUUGCUGCCGCGCAGGACCAACUACUUCUACCUGCUGGCGCUGCCGAAAAUAACACGGGGAGAAACGCCUCAGACGGGACGUACAAGGACGUCGCCUCGGGCUUUCUGCAGUCGAGCACCAACCAAGGCACGGACUGGCUGGGCGGCUGGAUGAGCGAACACGGCGCCAUGAAGGAAAACUUUUGGGAACUGUGGAAAAUGGUAAAACAAAAAGCAUCUUCAGCUGCAAUUUGGGGACCCGGAUCUGGUGGCGCAACAACUCCUACUGCUCCUCCACCUCCUUCUGCGACCAAUACAAUUUUCCUCUUGGAUUUAACGAAAACCGUGGGGGGCGGAUUGAAAUCAAUGCUGCCGCAAAACGAAAACCAAAACAUUAUCGCUGAACUUGAGCUUGUGAUUGAUGAAGUUGUCUCAAUGUUGCAGCUUGUACCACAGUGAAAUAAGGGACACAGAAAAAAAAUUAAAAAUUCGGUUGCAUUGGUCGUGGAGAAGCUCCGAUCCUCCGCAGAUUUAGGUCUAGGAUUUACGAAACUGGUAGCCACCGGAGAGCCGACAUCUCGGACGCCGAAGACCAGAACUCCUCCGAACCGGAGACACCUGGAUGCUGCCGCCGAAUCACCCGGCUCCGGAGCCGGAGAUACCUCGACGAGAAGCCCUCGUCUAUUGUUUUUGAUUUUGUUUUCAGAAGUAGUAAGUAGUUGUUUUCAGAAUAUUCGACCGAAGUAUGAAGUAAGUAGGUGUAGCUGUAGGAGGCUUAACUCUUUUGCUCGUACAAAACCAUAACAAUCUCUGCCCUAAUCGCUCUAUGCUCUGGAGCCGGCCAAGGGAAAUCAUUUGGGAAGGGAGAGCAGGGGAAGAGUCAAUUGCUUCUGGUUCUUUUUUUUUUAAGUCGGUCGGGGGGGGCAAUGGUUUCAGGGUAGGGUCAAGGGUUUUAGGGAGGCAGCUGGGGGGUGCAGGGUGUAACUCCGUGUUUUCCUGCGUUCCCCGGUGGCGUUUGCGUACCGCUACCAGAGCUCCGGCUCAGGUGGCGCAGGCAGGAAGGGCAAGAAGAGGAGUCUUGCUUAGGACCUGGCAUUUCUAUAGCGCCUGUUCUGACGCGAGGAAGGGUAAGCAGAGGCGGCUUACCUUGGACCUUGCGGCUCAGCGGAGGUUGAUCGAAGCACUGCGGAGGCGGUAGUAGUGCAUCGCUCUGAAGCCGGGGGGGAUUGGGGGUCUCGGCUCACUUUCCCUCAGGCAACUCCCCAGGUCGCUUGGUUCACCACUAAAACGGGCGGCGUUUCUCGAGGUCUUGGUGGUGACCGGUUGAGACACCGAUCGCCAGCUACUUACAAGCACGAAUAUAGAUAGUACGAUAGACAGUCGCUCGCUCGCCUGAAGAAGCGAGCACGCGAUUGAUUUUGUUUUCAGUAAGUAUAAUGAAAUAUUAGCUAAGCCUGCAGCUGCAGGCACAGUAGCUACUUGAUUUACGCGCUACGUACGUAGCCACUUGUUGGCCCGACGUGUAAGCAAGUAUUUUAGCACGGAAUUGAGGGAGUCUGCUAGAGUCCUUCAGAGGUGUUCGGGCGCCAUCGGCGAACGGUUCCCGCCACGCGAUAUGGACGGCAUGCGGCCGAAGUCCGGCCUUGUUGCGCCAUCUAUGGCGCAACAUGAGCACUCCGGUGCCCAGUGCUGGCGCCGUAUUUGCCUCCGGACCUGGCGAAUAAAGAGAAGAACGGAUGACGUCUCGUCGAACUAUCUGAACUGGCUUCCUUAAUAGCUGCAGCCUAAAUCAGUUACAUGGUUCUUUUCGCUGGGUCUUUCACUUUCUUUCUUUCCAUGCCUGGGCAAGGCAUCAAUUGUUCGAGGCCCUGAAACAUCCGCUUUUCAAUUCUCGGAUCAGAUCGCUCCUGUCAACAUCAACGAACUGCGCGCCGGGUCUUUCGAUACUUACUCAGUCUCGGCUGAUCUAGUUGGAGCUAGUACAUCACAAAAAUGCAAACUGCUGCUCUUAAAAAGUGCAGCCUUCACUUCAAACAUUUUUCGCCUAGUUAUUUCAAAUGCAGAAUCAGAAAAGCCCAGAACAAUAGCCGAUCGCCGGCGGCACUGUGCGUCCCUACUUACCUGUAGUUGUCGCCCGACCCCGAGGUAGUUGAUCGACACAACAUCUGCGUCGUCAUUCCCAACGAGAAACCCACGCCACGACUUCAGCAUAAAAGAAUUGCUGCUGAAUGUUUACAAAUUUUUCGGCUUUUUUCUGUGUGCCUUAUUUCACUGUGGUAGCUUGAUCUGAAGACUCAUUUUGCGAUCAGCACCGAGAGCGACAAGCGCACCGAGCAACGACUUCUUUACACUCCGCCUGUGGAGCUAAUCGCUCAUCCUCAUGGCAAGACAGGACGAGUAAAAUACGAAGUCAAUUUCCUUGACACGACUGAAAAAGACGAGACCAAGUGGGAAGAAACAGGCCUCCAGCAGGUUUACCCAGAGUGGAAACUACAGAAACAGAAGGCUCUGAUCGGGAAUGCAUUUUCAAACCCACGCGAGCGCUAUUGGACAUUCUUGGACUUCGACAGCCCCGGCGGGUUUGUCUGGACGGGUCCAAGUGGAGCGAUGCGCAGCGGAAUGGUCACAUUUAUAGUCCCUCCAAGACUCAUCGGCACUGCUGGCAGGAGUAUCGUAGAGCCUCAUCCCGCGCUCGAAUACAGGUGCUCUAACCGUCAACUCUGCGCGGAGCCGAUCGAACAACGCGGCUUUUGCUUGCUUGAACUCUUGGCGCCACACUGGCAAGUAAGCAGUAUGUUUCAGUUGGCACAACUACCACCUCGAGCUCCACUAAACCCGCCCUUGGGCGAUGGCCAAGGCGCAGUGCAGCUGGAGUGGAUCGUCUAUGAAUUCGUGCACAAUCUUCUAAGGGGAGAGGAGCUAAAUAUCUCGCCGGCGGACAGUACUACUGUACGUCAUGUGCCCAAGGCCAGCAGUCUGGGUAAAUACGAGGGACGGCUGGCGUGGAGCGACCGCACUUGGCAAAUCCUUUUCCCGGGCGAAGAUUUUCAGCCAAGGAAGAAAGACCCGCAGGUGCAGUUGCAUGCCGAUCGAAUAAGAACAAUAUUAAAAACAGCGCUACAAUACUUGGCCUGCAGCAUUGACGGACUCGAACUCGUGGACUGCCAGAAGAACAAGGUGCUGAUCUAUGACGUCAACGAGACGUAUAUGACAAAUAUCAGAACGUUCUGGCGCACGAUCUCGGAGAGGAGGGGCGACGAAUCAAGGGCGGAAAAGAAAAACCAAGAAGUUGCGGAGGGCGACGAACCAAGGGCGGAAAAGAAAAAUCAAGAAGUUUAUCUCCGCAUAGUUGGGUCGCAGGCAUUGCGAACUCCGUGGGACACGAAUAUGCACCAUAUAGUGGAGUUCCAAUCUUCCGUCGACUACGAAAACGAAAUGAAUAACUGGGGUUUUCGGGCCGCCUAUGGGGCAUCCGGGCUUAUAACUAACGAAGCACGGGGACCGCGAGAACAAAUUUUGAUGACCCAAAGGGUUCCGAUGUCUCUCGGAGAGGUCAUUGCGUUGAUGAUCGCAUCGAAGUGGAUUGGCUUCGGCAGCGGGGCGAACUACCAACUCGUAUCCGAAAAAAGGACAACGAUUGAAGGCUUUGUCAGGAGACCCUUCUCAGGUGUGAAGGAACAGCUGAAAAAGAAUCAGAAUGAGAACCCUCUCAAUGUAAACGGAGUGCCAAUCCGUCGCAGACAGCCACAGAACCAAUUUAACUGCCAAUCCCUGGCUUAUUUCAUAUUAAAUCUUCUCGCCCCGCCUGAUCUAUCCUCGACGUAGAGAACAUAUCUGUCCGAUUGUGAAUCGUUUCGGCUGCUGUCCCUGUCUUGCAUGAUGAAGUGUAUUUUCUACUAUCCAGCACGACGAUAAACCUCCACCAUUUCGUUUUCGGCGCUGCCAGUGCAUGAAGAGUGGAAUUUGCUUAAGAUGAUUUUCGUCUACUUCUUUCAAUUUCACCAUGCAACAUCACAUAAAACAUCAAAUCGAGCAGGCGGUGAAAAUACAUACUUGAUCUCGACAAACAGACCGGUAUCCCGCAGGAAAUUAUAGCCAUCGCGCUGAUGGCACUGGCUAUGAGAGUAUGCAGAAGAUGAUAAAAACAAGUGGCGCUGCAAUGCACGAGCACCAUUUGCAGAUGUAUAGUGCUCCUCUGCUGGCGGACAUAAGUAGUCACGGACGAGAUUCACACUCCGACACUUUUUCUUUCUGCGAGUAUACCACAACUUUAUUCCACCAGAAAGUGAAGAUAGCGGUGUUUGGAAAAAAAGGAGGGACUAUCGCACACAAGGAAUUCAUGCCAUGCGCGGCACCGAGCCCUUUGAUCCGCAGGGCGGCUCAUCAUGGGCGGCGGGUAUCAAUAGAACGAGAAGCGCUGGUGUAAAGAAAACCAUCGGAAAAGUGAAAAAUAGAAUUAGAAAUACGUUUUCUACACGUACUCGAAAAAGUAAAGGUAAAGGAAAACACGCUUCGCCGAUGAAGAGGGGCCAGCCACUGGACCAGCGUCGCUCGACAAAAAGCAGCAGUUUCGUUGAGAAAAGCAAAGAACAAAAUGAAACCACUAAGAACAAGUAGAAGAAGCUAGCAAGCGAUAUAAUCAUACAUCAUGAUCGUAUUUGAGUGAUGUAGUGGUAGACGUUACGUGCGACGUAUUUUAUCAUCAAAAAAUAAUAAGCCAAAAGAUAAAGACUUUUUGAUCGAUGUGAUGUGCUGCUGCGUUUUCAAAAUGGAUCGACCGCCACAGCGAAGUAGACGACAACACUCAAAGUGAUACAACUGCCACUCGUUCUCUAUCUCUGUCAGCCAUUCAGAUCUACUUUGAGUAACCUCCUAAGAAAGCACAUUUAGCAGCUAGGGAAAUAUUCUUAUGGUGUCCUGCUUCUUCGACGCAGGCGCAGCUUUGAUUUUGUGUCUCCAGGAGCUGUUGACGUUCCAGUAGGUACUUUCGUUUGUGCUUGAGAUGCGCCGUAUCAACAUCAAGCCCUCCUCUCCCUGCAAGAAGACAGAGAAUCCGAAAAGAAGAAAACAGCUUUUCCCUGUAGUAAACAGGCUUUCUUAAGAAACUACUUUUGAGCUUUCGUACAACUUUCGAAUCUCUUUCAGAGUCCCUUGGAGCAAGCAACUUCUCAUCCAAAAGCAGUCGGCUGCACCCCACGUUUUCGUCAGCAAUGGCAACUUUUAAGCUUUAAUUUGAUAUUUACGCUUUUAACUUAUCCUUUUUACAGCACCCGUUUUUCUUUUUUCAGGCGGAAGUGCAAAGUCACUCAGGCGCAAGUGCUUCUGACCCGGAAACCAUGACCCGGAAGUUCAUCACGCUUCCACUCAUAAAAUUACAAACAAAAAUAACCAAAGAUGAAGAUUUAAAAAUUAAAUUCGUAGGCGGCAAAUAAUUUUAAUCACCUUUAUUCCCGAUCUGGCAUGAUGAACAUGUGCGCGCGCAGGUCAGGGGCCCAGUUUCUGGAACCAGUGAACCGGACGAGAGGGAGUCGCGUACUCCUGGAUUUUUCACAAGUAUGCAGAUGAACUACUUAUUAAAGAUAAAGAUAACAGAUGUUCUUGAACUACUCGAAGCACGAACUGUUACUGUAGUAUACUUAUAAAGCUGUAGCCUCUUAAUGUGUGUUGAUCUUGAUACUUCCGUAAAUGAGCUGUAAUGCAAAUCAAUGUAUCCAUCCCUUUCCCACCUGAAAUAAAACUCGCGCUCGCACUCCCCUUGCGGCGCAGAAGCAAAAGAAACGCCUUCACUAGCCUCCAAAACAACAAAAAGCACUCAAAGUCAAAGCAUCACAUACUGCCAAGGAUAUAAUUAUUGCGUACGAGUGUCAUUUCUUUCUUUUCGAAAGCAAAGGUUGUUAUUGACAGCAUUUUUCGCCAAAAUGGUACAUACUUACACAUACGAGAUUACAAUUGCUAGCGAAUUAGAAAAGCUUUGUCCUCCGAGCAGAAACGGAUCACUUGAGUGAAAGCGUGAGUACAAGAAAAACAAACUCACUGUAGGCCAUUAUUCAAAUUGCCUUGACGUUUUUGUGUUCGACUUCGACGGUCGUGGUAGGGGUAGCUGUUGUAUGCCAGCCAGGCAUCUCCUUUUGACAUUUUGACUUUCGAUAUUGGUGCAUUCCUUGGCCGAGCAGCGCUCAAACCGGCAAGCACAGGACGCGAUCACGAUCUCUGAUAUUUUUACAUGAUAGGUUUCAGUUUGAACAAACUGCUCAGUAGAAUCUAGCCUCCGCUCGAGAAGUCG